AUGUACGCCCUCCGAGCGCGCUCAGCCGGCACCAUGCCUUACCGGCGAUACCUCGCGACACACGCCAAGCUUCCGCAGACUUACAUCGAGAAGGUCGUCCAGCGGCACUCGGUCGGGUUGCCAGAGGGAAAGGUCGUCCGGGCGGGAGACUACGUGAUGAUCAAGCCGCAGCAUGUCAUGACACACGACAACACCGGUCCGGUCAUCUCCAAGUUCAAGUCGAUUGGAGCGACCAAGAUUGCCAACCCGCGACAGACCGUCUUCACCCUCGACCACGACGUCCAGAACCGCUCUCCCGCCAACCUCUCCAAGUACGCCAAGAUUGAGGCCUUCGCUGGCGACCACGAGGUCGACUUCUACCCCGCCGGACGAGGUAUCGGCCACCAGAUCAUGAUCGAGGAGGGAUACGCCUUUCCGGGUGUCAUGACGGUUGCGAGCGAUUCGCACUCGAACAUGUAUGGCGGAGUGGGCUGCGUCGGCACGGCGAUCGUCCGAACAGACGCAGCGGCGCUGUGGGCGACCGAGCGGACAUGGUGGCAGGUCCCGAACAUCGUUCGCGUCAACCUCGAGGGCAAGCUCCCGCCUGGCGUGACCGGCAAGGACAUCAUCAUUGCCCUCUGCGGCGCAUUCAACAAGGACGAGGUCCUGAACCAUGCCAUCGAGUUUCACGGCUCGGGCAUCCCCCAGCUCAGCGUCGACGAGCGACUGGCCAUCGCCAACAUGACGACCGAAUGGGGCGCGCUCGUCGGUGUCUUCCCGACAGACGACGUCCUCAAGAAGUGGUACGAGUCGCAGCUCAAGAAGCUCGAGCUUCGGCGGUUCGAGUUCGGCGGCCGCGCCUCCGGCUCGCUGUCGUCGUCGACCAGCCAACACCCUCGCCUGAACCCUCAGCGCCUCGAGCAGGUCUUCGCCAACCCCGUACUCCCAGACGAGGGCGCCUACUACGCCAAGACGCUCACUCUCGACCUCACCUCGCUCUCACCCUCCGUCGCCGGCCCCAACUCGGUCAAGGUCGCCACCCCGCUUCCCGUCCUCGCCAAGGAGGACAUCAAAAUCAACAAAGCGUACCUCGUCUCGUGCACCAACUCUCGCGCAUCCGACAUCAAGGCUGCUGCGGACGUCAUGCGUGGGAAGAAGGUUGCGCCGGGCGUCGAGUUCUACAUCGCUGCUGCGUCGUCGGUCGUGCAGAAGGAGGCAGAGAAGGCGGGUGAUUGGGCGGCGCUCGUCUCGGCCGGCGCCAAGGUCCUUCCUGCGGGUUGCGGACCUUGUAUCGGUCUCGGAACGGGUUUGCUCGAGGAUGGAGAGGUCGGUAUCUCGGCGACCAACCGCAACUACAAGGGUCGGAUGGGGAGCCCGAAGGCGCUCGCGUACCUCGCCAGCCCCGAAGUCGUCGCCGCCUCUGCUGUCGCCGGCAAGAUCACCGGUCCGCAGGUUGCUGGUGCGACACCGACGGAGGACGCGCCGCGAAUCUCGAUUGAGGAGCAUGCAUCGUCCGCCGCCGCCUCCACCUCUUCUGCCGCUGCCGAGCCUCUCCUCCCGAACUUCCCUCCCCUCUUCUCCGGACCACUCCUCUUCGCCCCGCAAGACAAUCUCAACACGGACGGCAUCUACCCCGGCAAGUACACCUACCAGGACGACAUCACGCGUGAGAAGCAGGCCGACGUCGUGAUGGAGAACUACGACCCCGCCUUUGCGUCCAUCAUGAAGUCGCUCGACUCGCCGGCGCGGUCGACCAACCCUGCCGGCCCCCAGCGGAACGGCGACGGCGUCCUCCUCGCCUCGGGCUACAACUUCGGUACAGGCUCGUCGCGCGAGCAGGCUGCGACAGCGCUCCUCUCGUCGGGCAUCCCGCUCGUCUUGUGCGGCUCGUUCGGCGACAUCUUCAAGCGCAACUCGAUCAACAACGCGCUGAUCUGCGUCGAGUGCCCCGAGUUGAUCGAGGACUUGACGCGCGACUUUGCGCUCGACGGAAAGCGCGGUGCCGGCGGAAAAGACGGGAAGUUGACAGUCCAGACGCCGUACUGGGUCGAGGUCGGCAGCGUCGAUGGAAAAGUCACGCUCAGGAAGGAGAAGGGCGGCGAGGUUGUCAAGGAGUACAAGGUCGGAGCGGUCGGCGGCAGUGUCCAGGAGAUGUGGCUCGCCGGCGGACUCGAGGGCUGGGUCAAGGAGCGCAUCUCUGCAUAG